UAAGGUCUGAGAACUUUCUUUAUAUCUGUGGAGAAUAGCGUGGAGGAGUAGGCAUUUCAAUGGAGAAGGCGAUGGCAGACGCAGAAGCUAAGGUCCUUGAUUGUAGGCUUCUCCUCUCCUGUCCCUCUGGUCUUUCCCCUUCUCAGGUCUCUGUGGAUUUCAGCGAACGAUUUGAUAGGAUUCCGCAUCCGGAUAUUAGCUUGGACAACUCCAUAUCUGAGAUAUGGGAUGGAAGGGUUCAACAGAAUGCAUCAUUAUAUAAUGGAACAAAGUUUCGGUAUGCAGGACACAUCAUGCAUGGUGGAGGUGGUUCUGAUGAGAAGUCCCAUGUAUGCCUACACCUUGGAUUAACAGAUUAUAGGACUUUUGUGGGGACAAAUUUAAAUCCUUUGUGGGAAAAGUUUCUGGUUCCAUCUGAAGAUGACUCUGUACGGUGCCAACACACCUCAAGUCCGCUGGGUAAUGGUGCAAUCAUAGAGACAUCCGACAAGAGGAUAGUUGUAUUGCGGCGAAGUAAUAAUGUUGGGGAAUUUCCUGGACAUUUUGUGUUCCCAGGAGGCCAUCCAGAGCCCCAAGAAAUCGGAAUAGUUUCUCAUCAGUUUGACAAAGACAUGGACCCUGAUUUUAUUAACAGGAAGGUUUCUCAGGAGAUGUUUGACAGCAUUAUUCGUGAAGUAGUUGAAGAGAUUGGAGUACCUGAGGCCUCCCUAUGCAAUCCUGUAUUUAUAGGAGUAUCUUGCAGGGUGCUGAAUGUUAGACCAGCCGCUUUUUUCUUUAUCAAAUGCAAUCUUCACUCUAAGGAAAUUCAACAACUUUAUUCUACUGCACAAGAUGGCUAUGAGUCAACGCACCUUUACACUGUUUCAAGGAAUGAUUUAAAGGACAUGACAUCUAAAAUGCCUGGAUGCCACCAGGGUGGAUUUGCACUCUAUAUGUUAAUGGUAGAAGCUGUGAAGGAUGUCUGAUUGAAGUCCAGGACAGAUGAUCAAUCAAGGCUUUGAUGAGAAUGACAACAACUCUAGAUAGACACCAAAUGUGCAGUAACUUUGGGUUUGGGGCUGAUGCUGAGCGGCAUUUGUGGGGCACAGUGUCUAGAGCAUCACAUGGAGUGCGCACGAGCGGGUAAAACUCAAUUUUUUUUGUAUCGCAGGCUUGCAGAUUCUACAAGUUAGGUCAUAAUAUAAAGUCAUUUCACCAUGUGGGUCGUCAGGGGUGUUCCCUUGUUUGGACCCCAUUUUUUUAAUUCUUCCAGUCUUGCAAGUCAUGUGAAUGAAAUCAGUUUGUUUGAGGGAAAAAAAUUGCCCAAAAAAGAGGAGAUGCUCCUAUUCCUCUUCUUUUGACCCAUUUAUUGAGGAGACAACUGAAUGUAUGCUUCUACUUAUCCUAUUGAACUUACUUUUAAGACUCUAAGUUUAGAUAA